AUGCCUAUCUGUGGCUCUUCACACGUGCGCGAGGAAGCGGAAGAGAAAGCCCACCUCUCUGCCGGCUCUCAAGUCGGACCCUUUCAAGAUGCGCGUCCUCAAUCCUCACAAGCCACGAUCACAUCCGCCUUGGCUGCCGAUCCAACCUUGGCUCCCUCGAUUGCCGCAAAGCAACUCUUCCCUGUCCCCUCUGCAGCCAAGCGAGGCAUCCUUCGUUUCAAGAUCAAGGAGCAGCUCGAAGAGGGCAGGGGCAAGCAUUGGGUCUGGGAUAAAGGCGCCGUCCAUCAUGGCAACCGCGAGCCCGACGACGACGAGCUCGAGCGUGUCCGUCUUCGAUACGGCUACAAACCCACCGACCAAGGCGGUCCCUCUCGGCUCUACCUCAUGGUCCUCGCCGACUGCCUUCUACCCCUCCCCCGCAACCCGAUGUCCGGAGUCGUCUCUCCUCCCCUACUUGCGACCACCGGCAUUGCCCCUCUGUCCAUCUUUUCCACCGGGCCGGACAUCAUCGGCCAUUACUACGACUGCAUCGUCGCUGCGCGCAGAGAGGUCAUCCUCCUCACAAAUUACUGGCAAGGCGGCAAGAACGUCGAUCGAAUCGCCGAAGCGCUCCGCGAACUCAACAAGCGAGUCGAAAAGAGGCGAAAGCAGCAAGCGCUUGAUGCUCGACGCAAAGGGCAUUCCGGUCCCGCCGCCAAUCCGUCCCAAGCACCUCAGCAGGAGAAAGCGGCUCAGCAGCAGACCGACUUGCUCGAGGAGCAAGGUGCACCAGGCUCGGUCAAGCGCACAGAGAAAGACCAUGACCAGGUUAACGGCGAACUUGACGAUUCAGACAUCGAUCUCGGCCCUCCGACCGCGGAAGAGCGCGUCGUCGUCAAACUCAUGUGGGACCGUGGACCUCAGACUCUGGCCGACCUCUUCCGCCUGCGCAAACCUGUUCCUCCCGGCAUGUGGAAGGACAACGGCCUUCCCACUGAAAGCGAAAUCCCGAAUCUCACCAUGGAGAUUCUCAACUACCACCGACCCUUGAUGGGCACCUUCCACGCCAAGCUCCUCAUCGUCGACCGACAAGUAGCUCUCAUCAAUUCGAACAACAUCCAGGAUCGUCCCAACGUCGAAGCAUGUGUCCGACUCGAGGGCGACAUUGUCAACUCGAUCUACGAUCACGCGCUCAUCAGCUGGGGCAAUCCACUACAGCCUCCGCUCCCAUGUCUUACCGCGCCAGCGCCUGUGGCACCCUCUGCCGCCGCCUUCAUGUCGGGCAAAGAGAGCACACUGCCCUCGCUCACCGUAGAGAAGCUCAAGCAGCUCGCACUCAACGUCCGCCAGCGACUCCACGACGAGGACACAGCAACCGAAGUAGAGAAGGAGAGGAGUAUGCAGAGUCCCAUGUCCUUCCACUUUGGCGACGUCGUCGACCAGGUUAUGCGCCGCGACAGUUUCGGUGGUACCAAAGGCGCCGCACCCGCCAUUCGUGUAUCACCGAGCGAACAUCCCGUGGAUGGCGAGAAAGCCGCUCGCAAUGCCGGCGCUCUGUGGGCGCAUAAGGUGCUCGGUGAGCGUUUCAGCCAUUUCCAGAGCAGCAACCUCAAUAAGCCUGAAAGAACGGAAUCCGAGCCGCCGUCCCACGACAAAGCUGAGCAGCCACAGACUCCACACCACAAGAAACACUUUGCUGACAUGGUCGAAGCGCUGAUGAAGAAGGAAGGCCACAAGCCACCCGCCUGGGCUGAGGGUGCUCUCGAGGUGUUCGGUCUAGGUCAGAGCAGCUCAAAGAACGUCGCAGAGGCUGUCAGACGCAACCCUCGACCCAAGACGACACUGGCAUCGGGUGCCAAUGUGCCCAUGGCGGUUGCGGAAGACGAUCACGGCGAGCAGCUCUACAGAAGAGGGUCCAUAGAGGCUGAGGAAGAGAGUCUCGACGACGCUCCCAGCCACACGGUCAUCGACGACGGCUCCGCCAGCCCCAAGGCACUUCUCAACAGCGUCAGUGGCGACGAAGCAGCCCUCGACGGAAACAAGGAUGCAUCUUCGGCGGGCGAUGAUGCGGCAGGCAAAGCACUCGAGCCAACAUCAGACAGCAACGACGGGGUCGCCGCUGCUCCUGCGCUCAACACUCAUGUCUCUCAACCAAAAUCAGAGGCAACAGCGGAGACAACGCCUCCCAAAGAUGAGGAGACGGUGCCUGGGUCUGCCGGCUAUCGACGCGUGCAUCGCCGCACGCUGUCGCAGAUCUCGAAAUCAUCGGCUGCGGAGCGAUUGAGUGCCAUUACGAAAUCGCUCGAUUUCGCCAACAACUCCAAGGUCCAAGGCGAGAUCAAAGCCGAGCAGCUGUCGGAUGAGAAGCUAUCCGCCCUCAACGCUGUGCUUGACUUCCAGCCCUACGUCUUUCACAAACCACACGAGCCGGUGCCCAUGGCUCUGGUCAACCGACGACCCCACGGCACACCUGGACACUCUGACAUUCGCAACCCACAGGACGCUGCCUGGCUCGCUGGCUUCCGCUACGCCAAGAAGCACGUCUUCAUCCAGUCUCCCACCCUCAAUGCUUCCCCGAUCAAAGCCGCCGUCCUCGCCGCGGUUCGCAGGCACGUCACCGUCGAGUUGUGGCUUGAUCUGGGCUUCAACGACAAGUCGGAAUCCAUGCCUUUCCAGGGUGGCACCAACGAGCAAGUCGUCACGGCCUUCUAUCGACAGCUCCGUCGCGAGGGCAAGGGUGACGAAAAGUAUCUCGAGGUAUACUGGUACACGGGCAAGGACAUGACGCGCCCGCUCAACGCUGUCAGGAAGCAGCGCAACUGCCACGUCAAGUUUGCCGCCUUUGAUGGGCAGGUGGCGGUGCUGGGAAGUGGCAAUCAGGACACGCAGAGUUGGUUCCACUCGCAGGAGAUCAACGUCAUGGUGGACUCGAAGCAGAUCGUCGACGAGUGGAUGGCAGCGCUGACGAGAAACCAGAGCACCAAGCUGUACGGCAAAGUGGACCAGAGGGAUGGCAUUUGGAGGGGCAGAGACGGUCAGGAGCUUGUGGACACGGGCAAGGAUCAGACCAAGGAGAAAUCAUCGCCGGGCACACCCCCAAGCCACACUUCCUCGGAUCCAGCGGCACAACCAGCCUCGAACGGCUCCGCUGCCAUCAGCUCAGCGUCGCCACCGUCGGCGGACAUGGCAAAAGCGUAG